AGUCUAUUUCAAUCGUAAUUACUGAAGCAGUGAAGUUCACACUCAAACGAAACUCUUUUCUGGAAAGAACAGGAUAGAGGUAUUCAAACCUAUCCUUGUUCCCUGAGAACGAAGUGGCAGCAUUUACUAAAGUAACCGGGUGCCCCAUACCGCCGUGGUUGUGCAUGCCAGCCUGACUCAUUAAUGGAGUCAGCCUGGCUAAAGAAAUAAGAUGGUUCUCUCCCUCUCCACCUCUGGAGCAUUCUGGUGCAAAAUGGCUGCCGUUGCGUCCCCCAGGUGGGUGCAGCACAUGGUGGGGGUUGAGGCGACUUUCCCCCUCAUCACUGUAAAGUGCUUUGAGUCUCCAACUGAGUUGAUCGCAACCGUUUAACCAAUCAGAAUCCAGAACUCGGAGCCGGAAAGGGACGUUGCACGUGUUGAAAGGUUUUCUGCAAGCAUGGCUCCUGGCGGAAAGAUCAACAGACCCAAAACCGAUCUGGGGAAGAACCUGUUCAAGCGGCGCCGGGUUCUGAGCCGGGAGAAGAGGCGGAAGCACAAGAUCGUGGGAGCGGUGGUGGACAGAGCGAUCAUCACCGUUCACCACCUGAAGAAGAGAAAUUCCAGCGCGCGGGCGAACAUCACGCUCUCAGGGAAGAAACGGCGGAAACUGAUCAAGCAGCUGCAGCACAUGGAGAAGGAGAAAAUCGCCGUGGAAGAUGUAGCACCUCAGAAGAGUAAGAAAGAGGCGGCGGCUCCUCCUUCCAAACCCGGCAAAAGGAAAAAGGCCCGCGGUCCCCAGGACGUUGAGAUGGAAGAUCAGGAGGAGGUCUAACGGGACUGUCCUGCACUGGGACUCGCUAACAGGGCUGCCCUUCCCCUGUUCCGGACAAUUAUACAUACACUAUUACAUUUGAGUUUUGGGUGCGACGUGAGUGUGUUCUGUGUUACAAACAUACACAGCUGGGUGUUGUACUGAAGGCGUUGUCAGUGACUGUUUUUCUCAGGAGCACCUCGAUGGUGGCGAAGCUUAAGGUUCAGACCUCGUCGUUUCCAGACUAGUUUAGCGUGACGACGCUAUGAGGAAGGCCUUCGUGCCACAAACUGCCGAAACAAACAGGAUAAAGUAUAUUUCAGUUGUAGUUAAAAUGUCGUCACAAGCCAAAGUGUACUGCACAUUAGUCGCAAUCAUAGAAUUCAAAUAAAAAUGUCAAAAUGGCUCAUUUUUUACUGUUGUACCAGGACAUGAUAUUAGGACCAUUGUGAGUUCAAAUUUAGUUGCAACUGUCUACAUGUUCCCAUGAUUUUCAUCAUUAAAUGCUUGUGUUUA